UCUUCUUCUUCCCACGACCCGGCGUCCGGAUUUGGCUCGGCACCUUCCCCACCCCUGGCCCACGACGUCGCAGCGAUCAGCAUCAAGGGCAGCGCUGCCAUGGACAAGUUCGACCCACUGUCGGCUCCGUCGUCGGACGUCGAGUUGUAGGCUCCCAAUGAACUGAGCGACAACUGAUUCAUGGCGGCUUUGUGUAGUUCUUCGUUGGUUGAGAAGAUUGAAUGUUUGAUGGAUCUGAGGAUGCAUAUGGGGGAGUUGUUGUUGAAAUGAAGGAACCCAUGGAUUCUGAGCCCUUUGCCUCUGUGCUUAGAGCUUCAUUAUUGCAGUGGACUCAGCAGGGAAAGAAGGGUAUUUGGAUCAAAUUGCCAAUUGAACUAGCAUAUCUUGUUGAGCCUACAGUUAAGCAAGGAUUUAGGUAUCAUCAUGCUGAACCAUCUUACUUAAUGCUUGUGAAAUGGAUUCCCAAAACUAGUGACACUCUUCCUCCAAAUGCUUCGCAUCGAGUCGGCAUUGGCGCUUUUGUGAUGAACGACAUGGGAGAGGUUCUCGUAGUCCAAGAAAAGGAUGGCAAAUUUAAAGGCACGGGCGUAUGGAAGUUCCCUACAGGCGUAGUUGAAGAGGGUGAGGUACUCCACGAGGCUGCAAUUAGAGAAGUGAAAGAAGAGGCAGGAAUUGAGGCAGAAUUUCUUGAAGUUCUUGCAUUCAGGCAAAGCCUCAAAUCGUUCUUCGGGAAGUCAGAUUUGUUCUUCGUCUGCAUGCUCAAACCUCUCUCACUCAAUAUCUUGAAACAGGACUCAGAGAUUAAAGCAGCAACAUGGAUUCGCCUUGAAGAAUACAUUGCACAACCAUUUAUACAGAAAUACGAGCAAUUCAAGCUCAUUGCCAACAUCUGCUUGGAGAAGAAGAGGAACAAAUACACUGGCUUCACUAUAGUGCCCACGACCUCAGCCUUCUCCACCAAAAGAACCCACCUUUACCUCCACAAGGAGGAUCUCAACUCUCUAAAUUAAGCUUCGUAAUAAAGACUUUUCCACAUGAGGCUCACUAUGGUGGACAUCUUUAGCCACACUCAAAGCAUAGCCAAUAAGAUCAUACCUUUGAGCAAGUUUGAUAUUU